GGCCUGUUAGUCGACAGAAACUACCAGUUCCAAGCCCGUGGGAUUGAUGCUACUGGGCUUGCCGGUGGACGAAGUGAGAUCGUCAACUUUAUCACCGCGGGUGUUCCAGAAUGGCAAGGGCUGACUCCGGCGUUGGAGAAGGUGGGUGCAGACAACAUCCAACUGAUUUGGCCGGUGCCUGCCAAUGGGGGCUCGCCAAUCUUAGGUUAUCACGUGGACAUGGAGGCAAACGGCGACGGUAGCUGGGAGCGAAUCUAUGAUGGCACGAAUCGGCCUUCACAGCUGACGUUUACGGCGACCGGACUACAUGCGUCUUUGAUGUACACCUUCCGAGUAUAUGCUGAAAAUCGGGUUGGUCUCAGCGGCUACUCAUCCUCUUCGGUGAGGAUCUCAGACCUCAUGGCUGCAAGUGAUUCACGACCUGAAGCCAUUCCAGUGUCGCUGAGUGCUGAUGUAGGGUACACUGCAUGGGUUCGUUCAGUGGAUCCAGUCACCCAGCUGGAUGAAUCAGGUGGUGGGCGGCGAUUUAUAUUGUCCGUGCACGAUGUUUGCGAGCUUGACUCCACUGGCACAGUCUGUGUGCGAGUUGCAGCGCCUCAUCCAGACUAUGCUCCUGAUGUGUUGGGCCAGCCUGUUUGCUGUAUUCAUUCGGUCGACACUGACAAUGGCCUCUACCGCUUUGGCUAUACCUUGCGCAAGGCUGGGAAGUACUCCUUGCUGGUCCAAGCCAUCGAGCCUGGGGGCCUUCUCGGGCAGUACUGGGACAAUCAAUGGCUCUAUGGUAUGCCGGUGGUCACAAGACAGGACCCUGACAUCAAUUUCGACUGGGGCCUUGGGGCUGUGGCCCUCUACGCCUCUGACUACAUCUCGGCACGUUGGACAGGCUUCGUGCUGCCGGAUUUCUCAGAGACCUACACCUUCUAUGUCAAUGCGGAUGACUCUGCCAGGCUCUGGGUGAACGGAGUCCUGCUUUUCGACAAGUGGGACGAGUGCUGCCAGGAAUUCUGGGGAAACAUUGCGCUCACAGCUGGUGAAUUGGCCUCUAUCCGCUUAGAGUUCAGAGAGGUGGCUGGAAAUGCGACGCUGAGCUUGGAAUGGGCAUCGUUCUCGACGUCUCGAGGCUUCAUCAAUCCUGGCCAACUCUUCAAAGGGCCCAUUAUCAAUGGCGCGCCUGUUCUCUUGGAGGUGGCCACCGGCACCGUAAAUGCAGACAACAGUGUGGCGUAUGGUGAGUAUCUCACCGGCGCAAGGUGCCUUGAGUCGCGUGCAUUCUACAUCCAGGCAAAAGACUCUGCAGACAACUUGUUGAAGAGCAACCAGGAGGUCUUUCAGGUGACCUUCAAUGGUCCGGCGGUGACCUUCACUGUGGUCUCAUCACCUGUGAAUCCAGAUGCCAUGGAUGGGCUCUACAAAGUCGAGUAUCUUGUGAAUGUGGCCGGCACCUACCAGGUGACCGCAUCAUUGAAUGGCCGACAGAUCAAGGAUAGCCCUUUCGACUUCAUUGCGCGACCGGGGCAAGUCUCAUCUGCACAUUCAACUGUGAGCGGCCUCGGAGCCAUUGAGUUCAUUGCCGGUACAGAAGCGACCUUCAUCGUCCAAGCCAGAGACGCCUAUGGCAACGCACUGGAUGAGCAGGUUGGAGAAGUGACCGCAUCCAUCGAGUGGGAAGCAUACAACACACUCACCACGAUGAACGUCUUGGAUGACACGCCGCUGAACAAUGCUGAGUUCGGUCGAUAUUUCUACGGUACUUCCACCUACAUCGGCUUUGGGCAGUAUGAGAUCAAGUAUACCGCUUUGCGAGAAGGGUCCCACAAACUUUUUGUGAAGAUCAACGGUGGCAACGUCUACAACUCGCCCUUCAACUUGCGUGGCGAUCCCGCUGCGGCUGCCUAUGGGGCGAAGAGCCUGGCAGAAAGCACCAUGCCGCCCUCCACGGUUGUGGCGGGCGAUGAGAUCACUUUUCAAGUGCAGCUCCGCGACGCUUACGGAAACAUCCUGGCAUCGUCCCCUGCUGGAGCGAUCACCAUCCGCGUGAGCUCACUACCGCCAGUAAGCCAGGUGGAUGAUGGUGUUUGCAGCCCAGCGACCAGUGGUAGCACAGGGCUUUACGAAUGUCGCGUCACCCCCACGGUGAGCGGAGAUCGCUUGCUGUCUGUGCAAGUUGGUGGUGUGGAGAUCUCCAAGCUUGAGAUGGAACAAGUGCUCUCGCAACUCAACAUGACACAGGGGCCCUUUGCGCUCUUUGUGGCACCAGCAGCAGUUUCUCCAGCCAACACCGCCGUCUACAAUGUCCAGUCCAGU